UUUAAAGUCAACAACUUUAUGGUUAGGGGAAACCCUCUGUAUCUUGGCUUUCUAAAAUUCAUGAAAUGUUUAGAUUGAUAUACAAAGUUGCAAAGAUCAGCACAUUUUAUUAGUUUUGAACUACAUCUUGCCAUGAUUAAACAGUUAAUUUACACCAGCCACCAGUUCAAAACUUUACCAGUUUGAAUUAAAAGUUUUAAUGCAUUGUAGGUUUAAACUCUACCUAAUUAGGAUUUAUGUUUAGAAUAAAAAUGGCAAAACUGAAAGUAACAAAGGAGGUUUAUAUGUGUGUGAGUAUAGGAGGGGAGGAGGCUGGAAGAAUAAAUAUCGGAUUAUUUGGUAAAAUUGUUCCUGAAACUACGGAAAAUUUUGCACAACUAGCCUGCAAACCGAAGGGAGAAGGAUAUUCUCAAUCUUGCUUUCACAGAAUUCAGAAAAAUUUUAUGAUUCAGGGAGGAGACUUUACAAACGGUGACGGCACUGGUGGUUAUUCUAUUUAUGGAGAUACUUUUGAGGAUGAAAACUUUAAGAUUGAACAUUUUGGAGUCGGAGCGGUAUCAAUGGCAAACAAUGGAGAAAAUACAAAUGGUUCACAGUUCUUUAUUCUUACUUGUAGAGAUUCCAGAGAUAGAGACUUUCUGGAUGGUCAGCAUGUAGUUUUUGGAAAGGUGUUAACGGGUAUGGAUAUAGUUUGGAGAAUAAAUGAUCUAGAAACUGGCAAGAAUGACAGACCUAAGAUGGAAGUACUAAUAACAUCCUGUGGAGUAACAGAACUGGAUAAACCAUAUGAUGUUCCGAAGAGAGAUUCAGAAUUGUAAACAUUUCCUGGAAAUAAAAAUAUAUAUAUAUAUA